UGCGAUGCGCCCGGCUGUCGGCACGGCGGGCCCCGCCAUGGCCGCGAGCGUGAGGGACGGCGGCAGCCGCUGCCCGGCCUGCUGCCGCGUUACUCCGUGCUGGACGCCGUCACCUGGGGAGCACUGGCCGCGCUCCUGCUGCAGCUGGUCAGGCAGAUCUCGUGGCUGCGAUCGCUGCCGGACGCCAGGAGGGAGCCCAGGCCUCCCUGGUUGCCCUCGCUGCCCGCACGGCACGCAGUGGUGCCUGACGCUUCAGCCGGCCUUCCCUGUGCCCAGCUGGGGCCCUGCUUCCUGCAGAAAGCAGAGGUUGCACCAGAGAAUUCAUCCUCAGGCCUCUCCUCAGGGCCAGGAGAGAGGCAGCUGUGGGCAGAAGAAGGGGAGUUCCCAGUCCCUCAGUGCUCCAGCCUGAGGCCAGUUCCACACAGUACAAAGGAAAACCCAGCUCAGCGAGAGCAUUUGGAGGAAGCUGCUUUUCAGUUGCAGCAGAUUUUCCGAGUUGAUAUAUCCAUUGCAUUCAAUAUCCUUGGGAUUGAAAGUAUGAGAGAAGGCCAUUACCAGACAGGCUAUACCUGCUUCAAACUGGCAGCAGAUCGAGGCUACAGCAAAGCCCAGUUCAAUGUGGGUCUGUGUUAUGAGCAUGGCAGAGGCACGGGAAAAGACUUGGAAAAGGCAGCUUUUUAUUACUACCGUGCAGCCAGCAGCUGUCACCCCAUGGCACAGUACCGCUAUGCUAGGUGCCUCUUGUGCCACAGUCCUGAAAAUGAAUGGCACAGGCUUCAGAAGGCAGUGACAUUCCUGGAGCAAGCAGCAGAGGCUGGACUUACAGAGGCACAGGCUUAUCUCGGAGUGUUCUACAUGAGGGGGCUACAACCUAAGGAAAAGAGAGGUCUCAAGUACCUAUUGCUGGCAGCAAAGAAUGGCGAUGCCCAAAGCAGAUACCAUGUGGGCGUUUGCUAUGAGAAGGGCCUUGGGGUGCAGCAGAACCUGGCAGAAGCGAUGAGACACUAUCGACAGUCAGCUGCUGCAGGGAACAGAAACGCUCAGGAGAGGCUGCGAGUGAUAGAAGAGGAGAUGGAAGAUGUGCAAAGAAAGCACCCGUUCCCUUUCGGAAUGAGAGCCUCUUCCUCCAGCCCCUGUUUCUGGGCCACCGAGCGCAUGCCUGCAGGUCUCCAUUCCUUCCAGCCAAGACAACCUGCCCUCACCCUGCCCCACUCCUGGAGUGCAGACAGGCUCCACAUGAUGACACUUGGCAGCACAGAAUGGAGCCAUGCCCUAGGAGACAGGGCGAGUCCGCUGGAGCUGCAAGGUUUGGAGCCCCACCACUGUGGUUACUAGAGCAGCUGUUGGAAAGCAAAAACAAUGGUACAGAGAAAGGAGUCCUGCGUGUGUGUGAUCCAGCAGUGCUUACCUGUGGUCUCCAUUCUGCCAGACCUUCUACUGCUCCUCUACCCAUGUGCCAACUGUGUACCAAUGCCAAAGCCUCUCCCAGUGCCUGUGUCCCUGUUGUCUUGCCAUUUUGAGUGCAAGUUCCCAUGGUUAACAACACCUUUGUGUGCCUCUUCUUCUAUUACUAGUAUCUGUAUCUCAGUUUUUCAACACAUGCUAUUCAAAGCAGUCUUAAGAGCUCACAUACGCAUGAAACAAAAUGAAAACCUACAGUAUGGGUGAAGUUUGUGACUGAAUAUUUCAAAGCUGUUUUCACGCUUCCCUUUUCCCUGGUUACCUUUGACAGACUCCAGCCAUCUGUUGUCUGCUUCGGGGCAAGAACUAGGCUCCAAAAUCCAGUGGCCCGCAAAAGAGAGCGCAGAGAAAGGAAUUGUGAGCACCUAGUGUAACCACAGGAGAGAUGCCAGAGUAGAAGGGGGUGAUUUGGGGCAUUUUACAAAAUGCCAAGUUCCCAGUGUUAGAAAAAAGCUGAAAGCAUCGGUGAAGAAACCCCUUUCUGAGUUGCCUUUUCAGGCUUUCUGCAAACACAGCAUUGUCUCAGCUAUAUUGGACCUUGUUGCAGAAAUACAACGUUAGGAAAAAAAAAAACCAACAAAUUGUUUUAUUUAAAUAAGAACUGAGAUCAUGGAGCCCAACUCUGCAGCAUGUUGCAAAGUCCGUGGCCAUACUGGUUUAUCCUCUGUGCUGCACAGCCUGUAGUCACAUGGGUUUAUCUGUGUCGUUCUCGGGUGUGAUCUGACAAAGCCCCCUCGCUCAAUCUGCCUGCCCUGGGAGGAGAGGGCCCUCCUGCUGUUGUGUGAGUUGUGUGUGAUCGUAAGGUGAAAGAUGAGGGUGGAAGAAGAGGAGAGACAGGAACAGGCAGGGGGAAGGGAGCUAAAUGCAGUGAAAUCAGUCGUGGAGAAAUUUGAUGGCGUGAGGCAAAGGAAGAUACAUGCCUAUCGUGAUCAGUCUAGACAUGAAUGACGCUCUGGACCUCUUCAAACACAUGUGCACCCAAAUAGAGAAAGCUCUGUUUGACUCUCGUCUCCUUGCCACAGCUGCCAAGCUGCCUACAGAACAGGAGCACUGUCAUCCAGUCCAAGGCUCUUCCCACGUGCUGACAGCUGCCGCAGAAGCCCCGAGCCUGUUUCGUUGUGCGCUUGGACCUUCUGGGACAGAAUCAUUUCGAAGAGGGUGCUCAUUUCUGAGAGGAAGGUGCUGGCCAGUCUUGUCCCAGCAGCGUUCGAGUCAGACCCGUUGCCUUUCCCAAAGGUCUCAAAGGUCCGUGGUUUUUCCUGCCCCACAGCUUCCUCAUCCUGCGGCGAGUGCAGGGAGCCAGGGGUGAAGACGUUGUCCUUGUAAUUGCCGGUGGGUGGCAGGGAGAGCCGUGCCACCCAUGCUGGAUCAGCCGUCAGCCUCUUGAGGGCCAGCUCUGGAGGGAGCAAAAGCAAGAACUGGUGGUGAGACGUGAGGUGGAGGAGACCAAAGGAGAAAAGAGGAGAAAUGAGGAGACUUCCUGAAAUGGAAUCUUGGAAGACUGAUUGUAAGCAAAUCUACAGUUAAGCUACCAGCAGCAUAAUUCAAACGGACAGCUUAAAAAAACAAACUAAACUUGGUUGAAAACUCCUUUGUUUUGUUUUGUUUUGAAUAACCAUUAGGAUUUCUCUGCAUUCCCAUUUGUUGUGGUUUCUAGCGCUCCUCACUAAACGGUAAGCAAAGCCAAAGAAAGUGAAGGCUUAGGACUACAGGGGAUACAACAACAGAAAGGGGAAAUGUCGAACAGAAAAAGGUCAGCGUUGGACUUUCCUUCCAGGUUACUCUGGAGUAGGGAUUGGCUGCUGAGUAGUCAGGUUGAGACCGAAAAGAAGUGGGUUAUUGCAAAAACAGUAAUAAUAGAAGUGGAAUGAAAUUCUGGAUUAUGAAAUGCACAGCUGGGUGGUUGAGAGCUGGCAACAAAAUAUUGAGCUAUAAAGUAGUUGUUCAUCAAUUGGAAACAGAUGAGCAGCAGUGGGAGCCCAGUGUAGGCGUUGGCUGCGGGCUCAUUAAUGUACCAGUAAUGUGAUUCUGCCCUGAAAUGGGCAAAUGAAAUCAUACAGUGUGUUGGUCAAGGUAUUCCCUGUUGGCAUGAAGACACAUCCGUGGCAUUGUUAUUAGGUCUGGCAAAACCUGAUUAGAGGUAUUACAUACAAAUCUGAUUAUCCAUCCCUAAGAAAGAGGAUCUAAAAUGACAGAAGUGCAGAAAAAUAUGUUGAGAUGAAACAGGAGCAAGCCGAGCUUACAAGAUGGAGACCCCAGAGGUAGGGUUGCUUAGCCUGCUGAAGCAAAUGCUCACUGGGGAUCUGACUGCAACCUGCCAUUAUUUUGAUGAGUUAAGCACCGACAAAGGAAAUCUCUAUGCUUAAAAUAGUGUUGGCAACAGAAGAAAUGAUUAAAAGUGUCCGUGAAUAAACAUAUACUGGAAUUUAAAGGAAGGACCUCAUAGCAGAGUGAGCUUGGAAUAUCUUCCUCACCAGGCAGCAGGGAAGGAAAUGGAUUCUUAUUUUAAAGUAGAGUUUUGCAGUUGAUAAACAGACUGAUGUACACAGAAGCUGCUCUCCAGCCCUGCUCUGAUCCAUAUCCUAAGCAGAGCCUAGGACUGCUGGAAGGUGUGAAGGGACAGGCAGGUUUGUGAAAAAAGAUCUUCAGUAAGGGAGCAGCAAAGCAACUGGUGUCUCCUAACAAAAAUGUGAAACACCACAACAGCCUCGAUCAGAGGGCAAGAGUGGGUGUCAUUGUAAGUAUGCCUAUCUCACUGACUUAGGUGAGCUCAGAAGGGGGAAUGUCCUCAUUCUCAUGCACUUGUGCUGUUUCUAGAAGAUAACGACCUGCUGGAACCUGAGACAGCCUCAAAGACAAGUCUCCUUCCUCAGCCAGCUAAGUAGUUACCUUUUUACUCUGAGACAGAACUGUGCCUCGGUAUGCAUGGGGUGAGGGGGAGCUGGGAUUCAAAACUACGGAAGGAGAGGAAGGCAGAUGCAUUACUUACAUUUUGUUUCAGUGAAAACCUCACAGUUCUGUCAUGUUUGAAGCUUUCCUUCUGCAGCCUCGGCAUUUUCUUUUCAUCACGGUGACUGUUCCUUAAGAGCUCUCCCAAGUAUGCUGAAGCCCCAUGCGUUUGCUUUAAAACAGCCACAGCUCUGUUCUCCUCAGUCUGUGUGCAACCACUGUGCUCACUGAGUACUGUGAUGCUUCAGCUCUGGAGCAGAGCAGCCUGCUCGCUGCAGGGAGAGCUGAGACUCAGUGGGCUGAUUGUUCUGGCCCUUGCAACCGUGAACUCCUUCAAUUAGGUAUGUUGAAUUUGUCUGAUAACCUUACUGCCUUAUUUUAACAGUGUUUUGUUUUAUUAUCAAUAAAGAUGUAUCUUGCCA